AUGGAUCGUUACCAUUCUGCAGCAGGCAAGGCCAGCAGCAGCAAGCUUAGAGCCAGCAGACUGGCAGUUCGGCCUGGACCUGCAGGAGCAUCUACCCAAGGACGAACUGACUACACCACAGCAUUGUCCGCGUCGAUCCUCUCACUCUGCAAGCGCCGACGCGCCCUUUACUCAAGUACAGACAUCCAGGGAUCGACUGGACCUCGAACAUCGCUGUUCCAUUCGGCCUACCUCCAAGCUGUCGCCUUGAAACCUGACAACGCUCCUUCAAGACUACACGACCGAACUACUACAAACGAUUAUCUGUACAUAUUCGUGCCAGAUUUAUUUAAUAAAAUUUGGCUUAAACUUUUACAUCCUCGUUUUUGUUGUCCUUGCUUCGAUCCUCUUCGUGUCUUUUCUCUGCCACUACCUCCCUCUACCUCUCUCUCUCUCUCUCUCUCUCUCUCUCUCUCUCGUUUUUUCUUUAUUGUCGGUUACCCUCUUACUCUCUAUUUCAUCCUUUCUCUUUUGUUUUCCUCCCUCUCCCUCCCUCCCUCUCUCUCUCUCUUUUACUCACUCUGUUGUUUUUCUUUAUUGUCGGUUUUCCUCUUACCCUGUUUUAACUCGUCUACUUCCCUUUUUUUUCCUUUUUCCUUCUCUUUCCCUUUCUCGUUCGCUUUCUCUCUCUCUCUUUCGAUUUUUCUUUAUUGUUUUCCUCUUACCUCUUCUGCAUUCCUCAGUUUUCCUCUCUCUCUCUCUCUCUCUCUCGUCUCUUUUUAUUCUUUUCUACUUUCUUAUAUUUUGACUUGUUUUUUUUUCUACCACACUUUCCCUAUUAUGUAUCUACCUCUCUCUAUCCCAUAUUCAAUCUCUCCUUCUCUAAUUAUUUUCUACCUCUCUUUGCCCCCAUUUCUUCUCAUCAACUCUGUUCUGUUUUUCUCAACCUCUCUUUCUUCUAUUUUAUUAUCAAACAUUCUCUCCAUUUCUUUCAAACUCUCUUUCUCCUUCUCUUUUUCUACCUCUCUUUCCCACCAGGUCUUCUUUGUUUCUCUUUCGCCCAUUUCAUAA